AGAGAUUAAUCUUUCCAAUUAUUCUGACGAGAAACUACCAGAACAUUAUACAAACUCAAUCCGAUCUUUGCGACGCGACGCGACGCCAGCGAUGGGAGCGUCCACUUCAUCGGAGCCGAGGGUUUCGGAGGAGCAGAGCGAGGCGGAAUCCGUGGCAGCCUCUACUGGAGCUCUUCCAAUGCUUGAGAAAGCUUUCUCCAAGCUCGCCAAUCCCCAAACAAACGCCGUUUCUUUGGAAAAUCUACAGCAACGCUUUAAUUUGGCUGGAGAAGAUCGAAGUUGUUCCGGAAGCAACGUGCCAGAUUCGUUAACGGUGAUGUUGGAUCACCUAGGCUCAACCCUAGUGGAUCAAUUUUUCGUGCCCGAUAAAGGGGGAAUAGACUGGGUUGCAUUUGUUAAGAGUUACAACAAGUGCUGUUCGAGGGUGUCCUCGUCGGUUUCGCUAAACAUGCUCUUGAGAGUAUUCGUGGUUAUCUCAGAAAGUGCGAAUGUACCUAUUCAUUUGGAGUUUGAAUCAGGGGAUACUGAUUGUAAGAUUAACGGCACCUUUUUCCUAGGGGACGUGUUUUUGCUUUUGCACCUGUGUUGGCUCUGUCGUGGGGUUUCCAGGAAAAUUGAAAGGGGGAGGGAAUCCUAAGCCUACCGGAUCCUGAAAUCAUUGGUGUUGGUCGGUGAUCAAAUGUUGGCCCAAGUUGAGGGUUGCUUUUCGACUGUUGUGGGAUGUGAUAUCUCGAGCUUGGAGGUUCAGCUUCCUGUUGGGAAAGCACUCUCGUUUGUUAUGUCAGAGAAAAAUAUGCUGCAUAUGGUUCCUAGAUGUUGUAAGAUCAACUAUUCUUUGGCUGAAUGGCAGGUUGAAUUGGCACCCUCUAAUUCCUCCUCUCCUGGAGAUAUUUCAUCAAUAUCUGCACACCAUCAUCUUUUGACCCAAGGAAGGGCUUGGGCAGUUUCUAUCACCAACAAAAGUAGAGUAAGUGAAGAAAUUUCUGGCGCAUUUAUAAGCAAUGGAAGUGGAAUUGGUGAUAACCUUGUUUAUAGGUCAUCCACUCAUGGAAGAGGCCUUGGCAGAUUUUGGUCACAUGUUGAAGGUUACAAAGGUCCUUUGUUAAUUUUGAUAUCUGCAAGUUCAGGAGAACCUCGUGAAGGAAAUUCUGUUGAUAGGAAAUGGGUUAUAGGUGCUCUAACACAUCAAGCUUUUGAAAGUAAAGAUAUAUUCUAUGGAAACUCUGGAUGGUUAUAUUCUAUUGGUCCAGUGUUUCACGUGUUUCCACCUAUUGGUAAGGAAAAGAAUUUUGUUUAUAGCCACUUGCGUCCUACUGGUAAAGUUUACCAACCGCACCCAAAGCCAGUUGGUCUUGCAUUUGGAGGAACUCCGGGAAAUGAGAGAAUAUUUGUAGAUGAAGAUUUUUCGAAAGUGACUGUUCGCCAUCAUUCUGUGGACAAAACUUACCGGAGUGGAUCCCUCCUUCCAGAUCAGGGUUUCCUACCCGUUGAGGGUAUAAUUUCAGAAAUUGAAGUUUGGGGAUUUGGAGGGAAAGAAGCGAAGGCAGUGCAGAACUCUUACAAAAAGAGAGAAGAACUUUUCACCGAGCAAAGAAGAAAAGUUGACUUGAAGACCUUUGCAAAUUGGGAGGAUUCACCUGAGAAAAUGAUGAUGGACAUGAUGUCGGAUCCAAAUGCUGUUCGAAGGGAAGACCGCUGAGUUGUAUCACUAAUGUUGCAUUGCAUUGCUUAGUGCAAUAUUUGGCAGGCACAAGCGUGUAAUGAAUUUCAUCCUUUAUGUUGUGACUGAUAAUUAUUCUUCAGACUUGUGAUCCUCAAGUGGCUGUACAGAACACAGAGAAGGUGUAUAUUAAAAGUAGAUGGGGUUUAUGUAUGUUUACUGUAUAGUCAAAUGGGAUAGAGGUAUCGCAUUAGGAGUGUGAGAUAUCACUCUUUUUCAUCGUUCCACACCAUUAUGUUCGCUUACAUGUCAAACGAGAAACAUGGCUGAUAGUGUGACACCCAGAUUGCAGAAAUCGUCGAACGAGAUUGUAGCUUUGUCCAGUGUAUAUUGAUAAGUGGAAAUUUUAGGCAUACUGCACUAUCAUUGGUAUUCAGCAACAUAUUAGCCUUUCGUUUAGACUUUAUUUUACCUUUCAGUAAAAAAUUCAUCACGCCAAACUUCUGUAAAAGUUGUGUAUUAAUAAGUUUGAUAUUGCUA